UGGAGGAACAGAAAUGCCCCAUGAACAUUUACUAACUACGUACAGUAACAUUGGAGUACUUAAUCGGCCGUGGCUGAUAGUGAAACCAGGCGGAAAUUGAGCAUACGCCGCCCAGACACAUGCCCGAUCAUCUAAAGAACGAGUUUAUGCAUUCAGCCGCACUCCAUACUUGAAGAAAACGCUGGUUUUGUUACUGUACCAGCAUGAACUCAGCCGGACUGCUGUGUGAACCCGAGCGGCCGCGGCACCGUCCUUUCCUGAUCGGGGUGAGCGGAGGAACGGCCAGCGGAAAGUCCACAGUGUGCGCAAAAAUCAUGGAGCUGUUGGGUCAGAAUAAGGUGGAUCAUCACCAGAGGAAGGUCACUAUCGUCAGCCAGGACAGUUUCUACCGGGUUCUCACUCCAGAACAGAAGGCCAAAGCUUUGAAAGGCCAGUACAACUUUGACCAUCCAGGUAAACUGUUUGUGGACACAGACUCAGAUGUACGCCUGUCUCGCAGAGUUCUGCGCGACAUGAGAAGAGGUCGAGAUCUGGAACAGAUUCUCACACAGUACACCACGUUUGUUAAACCAGCUUUUGAAGAGUUCUGCCUUCCGACCAAGAAAUAUGCAGAUGUCAUAAUACCGCGUGGAGUUGAUAACAUGGUGGCAAUAAACCUGAUUGUGCAGCAUAUUCAGGACAUCCUCAACGGUGACAUCUGCAAAUGGCAGAGGGGUUCUGUCAAUGGACACGCCCACGGGCGGAGUCUAAAGAGGGGCGUGGCUGAACACAGCGAGCAAUCUAGCGGAGGCGGGAUUGUCCCAGUGAAACGCCCCCUACUGGAGCCCAGCACACGACCACAUUAACACACACACGCACACACACUAAAGAGAGUCAUACGAUCAAAAAACCUAAACGCUUGAAUUUUUCUGCAUGCUUCUAACACACAAUCUCUGUCAGGCUCAGAAUUUAAAGGAAUAUUUUUCAUUUUUUGGUGAACUAUUCCUUCUUAUCUGAGUCAUCUGACCCUUAGCGUGACCUUUAACCUGUAGUCACAUCUUUCUCAAAGAGGAACUGUGCUGUAUAUAUAAAAUAGUCCUACAUUACUUGUCAGAUGCUAAUCAGAUUAAUCUCUACUCAUAUGUUUAUAAUAACAGUCGGUACCUAUAACAGGGUAAACUCAACACAAACAGUCCAGUCUGUAUUUCACUGCCUGAUCCGUCUCACAAGGUUAUAAUUUCACCACUCUAAAACUGUUACUUACACCUAUAGAAUAAAAAAGUCAACUUGUUUUGUUACUAUUGUCAAGUAUAAUGGCAUUUUAAACACCUGAAAUAAAGUUUCAGUGCUGCCUUGUCUAAAUCAUAAACUCUUGUUUGGUCAGGAUAAGACAUGAAAUAGAUGAAGUAAAAUACUUCUAGUGAAUUAUAGUGAUAGUUUAGUAUUUAAAAUAUUAAUCUAUCACCGAUGUGACUAUUUUUAAUGUUCUGUAUAAUUUAUGUUGUUCACCUCACUCUAAUUUGUUUCUAAAUGUAAAUAUGAUAAAAUAGUUCAUUUGUAAACAGGUUUUGCAUUUUUCUUGUACAAACC